CCGGCCCGGCUCGGCGCCCGCGCUGGACGACAGGGCGGCGGGGGACGCCCGGGUCCCGGGGACGCCGCAGCCCGGCGAGGGGCGUGGGCCCGGCACCCGCCUCCGGCCUCCACUUCCCUGCUCUUCAAACGGAGAGAUGAAAAGGAAGUACUUGCUACAACUACUUCCGGAGCAGGCGCUGGAGCGGGCACGGGCUGCUCCCCAGCCUCCGUGCCAGCCGGAGCGAGAACCGCGCGGCACAGACUCUCGGAGCUUGCGGUCGGCCCGGCGCGGCCGAGCGGAAUCGAGAGAAUGCGGCCAGAGUUCCUGCCGGAGUACGAAUCCCGGCGCGCCUGGCCCUGGACGCACGCGCAUAGCAGCCCGCGGCCCUCGUUCUGCGCAGGCGCGGGAGCGUCCCGCAGCGCCUCUGGAGCGGCUGGCUGGUCUGUCCGGCGUCGGAAACAGCGCCAGACCCGAGUGUGGCCGUCUUCGCGCCUCCCCAGUGACACAGAGGCAGAGUGGCCGUGGCCGUGGGGCAGACCAGCCCGGGAGCCAGAUGAGCAGAGAGGUCUGUGUGCACUCCUGGCCUUGCUCCUACUACUUAGAACCGGAGAAGCGAUGGGUUCCUGGAAAGCUUUCGUUACCUUCUCACUCCCUGAGAUCUGCAACUGAUAAAACCGGGGAGGCCCUGGUCAGCUUCCCCCUGUCUAGUGUGAUUGAGAUCAAGAAGGAGGCUUCUCACUUUGUCUUCAGUUCUAUCACCGUCCUGGAGAAGGACCACCUCAAGCACUGGUUCAGCUCCUUGCAGCCCAGUCGGAAUGCAGUCUUCACCAUCAUCGAGCAUUUCUGGAGAGAGCUGCUGCUGUCUCCGUCGGAAGCACCGCUCCCUGUGACCAAGGGGAAGCAGCUGACUGGUCUGAUGGCCUGUUCCCAGAAUCGCCUGGAAGAGACAGCCCAAGUCCUCCACCAUCAGGGCGAGCAGCUGGGUAGCAUCACCAAGGGCCUGGACAAGAUGGAAUCUGACCUGGACGUGGCUGACAGGUUGCUGACGGAGCUGGAGUCCCCUUCUUGGUGGCCCUUUAGCUCCAAGCUCUGGAAGAUGCCAGCAGAAACAAAGCCCAAGGGGGGCACCUCAACGGCUAGUCCCAAAGCUCUUGGAAAAGAAGGGGUAGUGGUCCGAAUUCCUGCUCUUAUCUCCCAGGGAACAGCAUCUCAUGUUAAAGCAGGAUGUCUCACCAUCCUUGUGUCCGGGUUGGAAAUCCAUGACUCGAGUUCUUUGCUCAUGCACAGAUUUGAAAGAGAAGAUAUAGACGACAUUAAUGUUCACACACCUUAGGAAAUUAGCAUCCGCCAACGGUUCAUCGGGAAGCCAGACAUAGCUUAUCGCCUGAUAUCCGCCAAGAUGCCCGAGGCUGUCCCCAUUUUGGAGGUGCAGUUCAGCAAGAAGAUGGAGUUGUUAGAAGGUGGCCUGACGCCCGGGAAGUGCCAGCACGUCUUCCCCAGCAGAGAAGGGCUGCUAUGUCUGGCAGGCGGGUGAGUGCGUGUCGGUCUCCAGGGGUGCGGCCUGUGGUACACCAUUAACGUGCUGUGUCACUGAGAGCAUCUGCUGGUUCUGUGCACCAGUGCAGACUGUCCGUUUGUUUGUAAAUGAGAACACUUCAGACCGUUUUCCUCAGUACCUGCCACCUCAGACUGUGUGAGUCCCGGAGCGCGGGUGUAUCACACACGGGAGGGCUGUGUGGGUUUCCCCUGAGCUCAGCAAGGCUCGGUGGCACUUUCAGAACAGAGGAAGGCUCCAAGGUAGGCGAUUCCCCCUUUCCUCUGUGUGACUCAGGGCACCUAGCUGCCCACCCUGGUGGGUGUCCAGUCCCUCCACCCCUGACCUUGGCAUCAGUCUGGGUCAUCCCAGCCUGCCUUCCAGGGACAUGUUUAGGAAUCAGAAUCUCUGAAAACUGCAGCAUAGUUUUUGUGGGUUUGCAGGCCUCCACUGUUGGUGAGGCGUGCUGUCCUCCCAAGUGUCUCUGGGGAGCACGGAGCUGGGCAUGGCCCCAGGGGUUGCAAGGGUCCCAGGUCCCAGCCCCAGCCUUGCCCACAGCAGCCUGGGGUCAUCUGACUUCUCAGAUUUGCCGUCCUGAUGGUAUCCAGUGGCAUCUUUUUGGUGUCUUUAUUUUCAUGUCUGAUUGAUUGUGACAUGGAGCAUCUGACGCUCCUUAUUUGCUUUUGGGCUUCACAUGUUUCUCUGUGGAUUGCCUAUUCUGUGGUUUUUGUUUUUUAUUCUGCUGUGCUGUUUGUUUAGUCCAUGUUGUAGGUAUGCAUCCCUGUUGGCUUUAGAAGCUACCACCUCUGCCAGACUGUCAUUGUCCGUUACAGAAAUCCUUAAUUGGGUAAAUUCCCCUUGAGUUUGUUUCUGCACCCAUCUUAAGAAAUCCCAAAGUCAUAAAAUACCUUAUUUUCCCAUAGGUGAUUUUAUGUCUGUGUUACUGUGAUUUUUCUAACAGGCUAGUAGGCUUUCCUUAUUGACUUUGAUUGCUGGAUGUCUGUUACAAUAAGAGAUAUGUUUGCUUCUUUUUGUUCUGAAGUGAUUGAUUUCAGUGCUAAUAUGUAACCUCGUUCCCUAACACAUGAAUAUUUUGAUGUUACUCUACAUGGUUUCACGUUUCAAAAGAAAUUUACCUGAAAAUAGAUCUGUCCCAUAAGCACCAAAAUUUUGGAAGUGUUAAUGUAAACAAGUAAUUUUUUGGAAUUUCCAGAUUUUUCUUU